AUGCUUGGCCCUCGGGGUUUAUUUCCGCGGGUCACUUCACUAUGGGCGACAGCGUUCGUCUUACUAGGCCAGUGGACUCCUCUGGGCGUGGGUUUACGGACGACGCCCGGAUCGCCCUGUACGGACACUUGCACGCAGCGUUCCACCAACACCACUGGCGCCGAUAUCGUGUGUCUGGAUCGCCAGUUCAGUGACACCUCGGCCGGAUCCAAUUUCCAGCAAUGCGUCGAAUGCCAGCUGCGAAGUUCGUUUACGGACUCCACCACCGGCCAAUCUGACGUCGAAUGGGGGCUUUACAAUCUGCGCUAUGCCUUCUCGACCUGUGUCUACGGAUUUCCCGAGUCGGUAGCCAACCUGUCGACCCCCUGCACGGUGUCCUGUCAGCCACUCGAUUCCGCGCUGGAGUAUGACCUGGCGAACCCGAGCGGCGUCAACUUUGACACCUGGUGCGGUGCCUCCAGCUUUGCGGACAAUCUGAUCUCGCAAUGCGAGUUUUGUUUCAAUCUGACCCAAACCGAGGUGUACAUGGCAAACUUUCUCGAAGCCCUCCGGUACAACUGCCAUUUCAAAACCCCAACAGACCAUGCGUUCCCAAUCAGCCCCAGCCGCAUCUUCAGCACGUCGCUGCUGCCGUCCUCCACGGUGGACCUGAUAUCUCCCUCGGCCACACCCGGCGGGGGCAUCAGUAAUCUGGCACUGGUGAUCGCGCUGCCAAUAUUAGGCUUCAUCAUCCUGGUCUGCACGCUGGCCGUCGGGUGUUUCUUCUUCAUUCGGCACCGCCGCAGGCAGGCGCGCAAGCGGCGCGCGUCAGGCCAUCUCCACGCGCGGUGGAACGACACCACCAUCAGCACGCCGGCGUACGGAAACUGGGGCGGGCCCCAGCAGACGUAUCCGCCCGGGUACGGGCCAGGAUUUGGGUUUGUAGACACCAACGGACAGGGCCAUGAAGUCGGGUACUCCAAGGCGCAUUAUACGGAUGUGGUUGAGUCGCCGGUGGCCGUGCCGGCUACGAUGUAUUCCCCCGAGAGGGAGAAGGGUCAGGCGUACAUGGAUAGUCCGCCGCAGAAGGGGAUAUGA